GUGUUCUUAUUUGCAUGUCUCCCAUGCUCUUUUCUUACCAUUACAUGGUCUUGUGGUUUGAAAGAACCCUGGAGUUUCUCAAGAUUUGCAAGGAAAGCAGCUCCAUCAUUUCAGCACUGGUGGAAGACUUUUUUGACACAACACUGGUGAUCUGUAAAUGUGAGAGUAAGGAUGGAGUAAAGCAGUUGCUUGACACCUUUUUAUUUACACUUGGUUUUAUAAUCAUGCAAAAGUGGCCCCCUUAUCAGGUUAGACUGGAGGCCGUAAAGACUAUUAACUUCAUUCUUGAUCAAACCUCAAGGGAAGAAAAGAAAAAGUUGAAUUCUUCAGAGGAAGUGUGUACUUUAAUGCAAGCCUUGGCGAGAGAACUGUUUGACGUUGGAGACUAUAACAUUCAAGUUACCAUUACUGAAGCCCUGUGCAGGAUGACAACAAAAAAGUUAAGAGAGAAUUUUGCUCAGAAGUGGUUUGAAGAUCGUUUCUUUGGUGAAGCCUUCAAAGAAAUCAAUGAUAAGGAUUUUGAAACGGAUUGUCGUAAAUUUUUGAACUCUGUUAAUUCGAGGUUAGAAGAAACCAAAAGGGUCCACACGUUUCCAUGCAUUAGCGUAUCAACAGAUAUGGGUGAGCUGACAAAACCUCAGGAUGAUAAACUUGAACACUUCUGGAUUGAUUUCAAUGUUGGAAGCGAUAGUAUCUCAUUCUACAUACACCAAAAUAAGGAUUAUCUUUGGGAAUCGGUCAGACUUCAAAAGGAAUCUCUAAGUGGUUACAGCUUAGAAGAAUGCAGUGGGAAGAAACUCUUAAGUAUACACCUUCAGAUCCCUCACUGUAUCGAUAACAAGGAGAUCAAAUGCAUCAUGAUAAAAUUUGAACUUGAGCAUGACAUUCAAAAUGCUGCUAUUAAAACGUAUGGAGAGGAUCUUCAAAUGAAAGUGCAUAUUGAAUCACCUCAGCAAACUGACAAAUUACAAGCUGGUUUGACAGAUUGUCAAAAAGUAGUCUGCAUUGGGGAACAAGAGUCUGCCUCAGUUGUCAGUGAUACCGCUAGGGUUCUGGAGUUCACUGAAGAGAAUAAACCUUCUGAGGUUUCUAGCAAGAAUUCAAUAUCAACUACUAGUGAAACGAGAAGGCAUCCCCUGAAGCAGCAGCCAGCAGAAAAGAAAGCAGUUGAAAUUUUUGAUUUUCCAAAAUCAUCCGAGUCUCCAUCAGAUAUAGAGGUGUCAGUUGUAAAGGACGAUGUUCUAAGUCCAAUGGCUUCAUGCAGCAGCCGGCGAAGAACACGGUCUUGCCAGAUAACUGAAGCCAAAAAGGCUGGUAACCAUGAAGACUCGGGAAGUGAUAUGAGUUGGAUCCUGGAAUAUCGAAGGAAACCCUCAUCAAUAUCUGCAGACUAUAGCCGAAAAAAGCAAAGACGUAAAAGUAAGCUUAAAGUACUUCCCUUGUCGUCACCAAGUUCUGAUGAGCGAAAGGAACCCAAAAAGAAGGGUCAACCAUUGAAAUUUACAGGAAUUCUGAAGGGAACUAGAGAAGGAAAAGGUGUAGCGGAAAGUCUUUCAUUUUCAGAAUUAAAACUGCCUGGUAUCUCGGGCCUUCUAACUCCCAGGCACUCAAAUCCACAAACGUCAGGCACUUUACAUUUGUCUGACUUGGAUGAAGACACCAUGGACCCUGUACAAGAAAUGUCUUCCCCUGAGAUAAUUAACUUUAUAAAGCCAUCUCAAAGUGACAUUACUAGCAAAAUGGAGAUUGAAAACAGUGAAGAUCCGCUUGGGAAUAGUAAAGGAGGACAUCCUUCAGGCAAAGAUGAGGAUUUAAAAAACAAAAGGAAGCGAUCAAGCAAUGAGGAUGAAGAGGAAUUUGCUUUUAAACCACGUAAACUUUUUACUUCUGCCACCGUUUCAGCAGAUAUGGAAGAUGAUGUAUUUAAGUCAGACUCUCAUGAAUCAGACCUAACAGAAUGCAGCUUCAUUUCAUCUUUUGAAAACUUUACUGAAGGCCUUAAAAAGAAAAUGAUGACUAGGUAUAAAAGGAUGGAAGUUCGGGCUCAACACGUGCUGACAACAUCUCAUCUGCACGUCUCUAAUUUAAUGAAUCAGAUACAACAGAGCAACUUUCGGAAAUUAGAUCAUUUUCGCACAAUAGUCGCACAAGAGCUCUCUAGUCUUGAAGCUGAAACUCAUGCUUUAAAAGAGCUGGAGAAGGAGACUUUGGAUUUUUGGGAAGCACAGACUGUGAAAAUUAAUGAAUUCUGCACCAGUCAACAGCAAAGAAUUGAAGCUAUGGAUCGUAUGAUUAAGGAGUCUUUGAGCACCCUUAAAAAGAAGAAAGAAGAAACCACAGACAUCAAGGAGAGCCUCCAGAAAAUGUGACUGAAUCUAGUAAUGUUUCAUUCCUUAACCAAACUGACAACUUUAUGAAGUGAAAUUUCAG